AUGAGGCUGAUCCUCCUCUGUUGCCUUGUGGCCCUUGCCAGUAAGUACAUUUUUAUUUUUAUUUCUGGUAAAUUGCACCAUUCAAUAGGAAAGAUACACUUUUAAAGCCUUUAUCUGGAUUUUUUCAAAUCUAUUGAUCAACAAUGACUUAUCUGCUGAGAAAAUAAUCAAUCUAAACAGUAUAUUAUGAUAUUGUUUUGGUGUUGUGUAACCCAGUUUAACCUUGUUUCUUAUUUUAUUGUGAUGAGGUAUAUCAAAAUAUUGUUUGUAGCCCUUUAAUGCCUGACAACACAAAUUAUGGCCAGAAAAUUCAAAUCUUUUUGGAGCUGAAACGUUGAUUUCACUUACGACUGAAAACCAAAAAAUAUCAAAAUGUCCUUAAAAUUUAACAAAUAUAUUUAUUUAUCUCAUUUGAUACAUUCGAUGUUUUUGGAAACCGAUAAACCACAAGAUGAUAUAUUUUUUUUGAUCAUAUACAUUUGAUAGAAGUAUAUAAAAGUAUGUAUCAAAUAUGAUACAAAAGGCAUUAAAGGGUUAACCUUUUAGCACCAUUUUCACUGAUGUGAGUCUGUUUUAUUACUUUACCAUUAAAUUUGAGUUGUGUGGUUUUCAUUAGCUUUUUGAUCAAGAUGGAAAUCAGAUUUUUCACUUUAAAAUGUUAUCCUCUUUAUUACAAACAACAUAUAUGGCUUUAUUGACAAGGAUUACACCAUGUUUACUUUUCUUCUUUUAGCAUGUCAGAGCGUGCGCUAUGGUAAGUUGCUUUGAUAUACAUGAAAGAUCAAAUCUCACAUAUGUCUCUCUGAGAACUGUAAAAACUGUCAGGCUACAUUGAUUUAUUCAUUUAUUUUCAGAUCUCAGCCUGAACCCAAAGAAAACCUAUGAGUACAAAUAUGAGGGAACGGUGAAUUUUGGACUUGGCAUGCCAAACCUGGCAGAGUCUGCAGCAAGAAUUUCCUGCAAGGUCAAGAUCUCCGGAGUGUCUGCACAGACGUUCAUCCUUCAGGUAAGAGUAACAGAAUAUUGUUGAAGAAAGCUUCUUUGAAUAUAUUAAAAGUAUUUAAACUGAGGGAUGCAGCAUAAAAAGUGACAGGUUGUUAACUUUAAGGAGGAAACAUAAAUCAAGUGUGCAGUUAGGGUGCAUCGUUUGUCAUACAUCUUUUAUUCAUGUGUCAUCAAUUAUUUGGAAUUUAAUGUAAUAAAUAUCUGGUGAAAGGCUCAAGGGCGUAAUAUAUGCUGGGGAUUUAAACCAUCUAUAAAUUUAAGCUUUUUCAAGGUCUUGAAGAAAGUACUAAAACUUAGCUUGGAGUUUUUCUUUGCACUUAAAAAGUUGUCCAGUGCAUUAUUUAUAAGCAAAGUCAUCUUCUUGUACCUUUUGACAUGUUCUGGUAUUUUUAAGUUUUUGGAUUUACGGUUUACAUACAAACAGCAAAACUUGCCAGUGUAGCAUUUAAGCAAUAACGAAGCUUAUUUCUACCCUUGAAGGUGUCAGAUUUGGUCUUCGAGGAGUUCAAUGGCUUCCCAGGGAAAAACGCCUUCACUGCCUCCCCCAAGCUUGCCCAGCGCAUCGCUGCCCAUCUCGUCAAACCCAUCAUGUUCCAAUAUGCCAGCGGACAUGUUGGUGACAUCCACGCCUCUGCUGAGAUCCCUGACAGUAUUGUCAACAUUGUCAGAGGGAUACUGGGUUUCUUCCAGGUCACUGUGAAGACCACACAGAGGUAUUACGAGCUUGAAGAGGCAAGUCUUACAGAGAGAAAAAACAGCUGCCUUGACUUCAUUGACAGUUUUACACCAAAUGUAACAAAAAUGUCGUUUUUGUUUGUAGAUUGGCAUCCAUGGCAAAUGCCAGAGUAAUUAUGCCACUGAAGAAAACAUGGAAACAAAAGACAUGACCAUCACUCAGGUGGUGGACAUCAAUAACUGCAGAGAGAAGGCAGCCAUCUACAGGGGAAUGGCGACUGCAGUUCUGGACAAAGUUGCCAAACAGGUCUGAUAGUCUCGCUGGAGACGCUUCUGAUAUACAUCACAAAUGAAACAGACCAAACUCAUUCCUAUUUGUGUUUGUGUGUGUUUUCAAAUCCAGAAAGGGGAGUCUAUCAUUUCCACAGUGAAAUAUGUUUACACAGUCAAACCAACAGCAGAGGGAGGUCUCAUUACCAAGGCUCAGGGCCUGGAGCAGCAGCACUUCAGUCCCUUCAACGUAAAGGGUGGCACUUUCAAGAUGCAAGCCAUGUAUGUUGAGGAAAUAUUUGCACAUUAUGCCUGUGUGCUCACGAUGUCUGUCAGCAACACAAAACGACUGCUGUGAAUAACUCUUCCCACAGGAAGGAAAUGACGCUGCUGGGAGUAAGUGACACAGCUGAAGCCCUCACGUUUGGACCCAUGGAAAGCAAGGGCAGCCUUGUUUACAAGUUUGUGGAUGCAGAAUCUGAUAUCCCCAUUAUGAUGCAGAACCUGCAGGACCCAGUGCCAAAGGUGAUAUUCAAAUGCUGCUUCUGAAUACAAUUCAUAUUUUCUGAAAAAAAAUCUGCAGGAAGUACCAUGAACUGAGCUGUGCUUCAGCUGAAAUAGAGAUAGAAAGAAUGGUAACAUGAAACCAGUUAAAGGAGUAGUUCACUUUUUGUUGCUUUUUAAAGUGAUGUUGUAUGAGGUUGUUGUGAAUCUACAGAGGAUGCAGGUCAGCUCACCACCUUCGAUCACCAGCACUUUACUUUGCUGGCAGAAAGCCCAUUUUCUUUUGCGCUAUUGCCAGAUAUAACAAGUGUGUUCUUUUGCACGCAGCAUUAUGAUCAGCUAAUCGGGCCCAUGAUACGCAACUCACUGAAAUGUGAUAUUUUUGCAUCUCAGUUUGGCAUAAUUUCAAGCUCCAAAUGCCAAAGAUUACUUGGCAGACAAAGUUACGGCUUUAGAGUUUGUAAUUUCACUUCAGUCUAACAUAGCGUGUUGUAAAACCAUGUCAUGCAGAUGAUGGGUUGUCAUAAAUGAUCCGUGGUAGCCUCUGAUUCAGAAAAGUAGUAGGUUUUUUUCUGUUCUGUUCACCUGGGAUCUCUCCUGCCCUCCAGUUACCAUAGCAGUUCCUCCUGUCUUUCUUUCGGUCCAUUAAAUCUUAUCGUCGCUCUGUAAACUGCUGCUCAUAAAGGUGUCGGUCCUCAACAACAUGUCACUGGCUCUGUCUGAAUCACUCAUCUUUAAGUUUGGUUUUUAUUCUUAUUUCUUUUAAAGCUUGCUGAGCUGAACAGCUGAUUAGUCUGCUGUAUGCAGAAGACCAUCUGAGUGUUGCACUCUGUUUCUGAAAGCAGAGUAAAGCACUAAAAAUAGAGCGUACACUGGGAAUAGUGCUUCAACCAGAGUUUUGAAAACGAGCUAAAUUACAUGGUAGAGUUGACCGAAAGUUUAGUUUCUAUUCUGGUUCCCAGGCUGCAAAGGGGUGAAGCUGACGAGCAUCCUCUGUGUGUAAUACACUUACAAAAGACAAAUAUCUGAAUUAUCCUCACUGAAAUCUCCUUGAAGGGCUUCAGGCGAUGUAAAACUGGUGAUGUUUGACGGACAAAAAUGUAUCAUUUAAUAUGAACUUUUAAUGUGGAAAAUGUAAAAACAGGGAUGUUUCUGCAGCCGUUUGUCUGCCUCCUUUAAAAAUGACUAUAUUCAAAUUGUCAGUCUAGUCAGUACAAAAGAGGAUUACGGCCAAAUAAGGAGAAAAAAAUAAUAACAGGAAGGAGAUUAAAGUCAAAGUUUUGAGAUUGAAGUCGAAGUUUUGAGAUCACAGUCAAAAUUUUGAGAUUAAAAAAUAGAAAUUAUGUCAAUAAAGUCGAAAUGUCAAGAUUAAAAAUUGAAAUUUUGAGAUUUAAAUUGAAAUUUUGAGAUUUAAAUUGAAAUUUCGACAUUAAUAAAUGUCGAAAUGUGAAUAAUGUUGAUAUUUUGAGCUUAAAAAAUUAAAAUUUUGAGGUCAAAGUCGACAUCAAUAAAGUCAAAAUUUCAACUUUUUAAAAUUUUAACUUUAAUCUGUAAAUGGAAAAUAAAAAUCUCUCUCCUGUAAUUAUUUUUUCUUUUCUUGUGGCCCUAAUCCUCUUUCAUAUGUCAGAGAUGUUUUUGCUUUUGUAGCUCAUAAAAAAUUAAUUGGUGUGAAUUUUAGACUAUUUUAUCAACAUAAAAACUCCUAAUUGGAGCUUUAAUAAUAAUAAAAAUAACACGUCCAGCAUUUACAGUCUUUUCUGUUCAUGGAUGACCUUACAAGAUACUGUCACUCACACCGCAAAGAAUUCAUCUUUUAAUGUGACUUUCAAAGGUUGUACUCUCGCUCUUUGCAGGCCAUCGCAUUAAUCAAGAAAGUGGCUGAAGCUAACAAGUACGACAUUGACAGCGCAUCAACCGAGGAUAUUAUCAAGGUGUACCAGCUUCUGCGAGUGACAGAUUAUGAAGGGCUGGAGGUCAUGUGGAAGGAGAUGAAAGGAAACGAUGAACACAGGUGAGCAGUUGUGCUCUCCAGAAACCAAUGAGUAGUGUAACUAAGAUGAUGUCUAUGUUUAAUUAUUUACAGAGCUAUUUUUGAUGUAUGUAUGUCCUCUACUUUUUCAGCAUUUAAGCAACCACACCCAGUUUUUCAGGUGGCUGUAACACUGACCUUCCUGCACAGCGUCCGAGUUAUGUUUCGCCACUCGUAAUGAUGGUUUUAGUCCUUUUAACUUACUGAAUGUAACUGUUAAGCAGAGAUUUAUUCCAUCCUAUCUUUGAAACCAGAGAGAACAUUUGACUGAAAGUGAAAAUCCUUCAUAGAUGUCCUUAAACCAAUCUUUUCAUUACAGUAUUUCGAGAUACUGAACAAAGCAGUCCAAGGCUAUCUUUUAAAUCUGACAGUCAUCCACUCAACUGAACAGCUAAUUGCUGAAUAUCCUCCCACUUAGUCAAGGAAGGAUUUAGUCUGAAAUAUUACCACUGAUGAAUGAUUUAUUAUCCUCAGGGGCAUGAUGGCAGAGAGGUGAUGACUGAAAGACUGCUUUCCUCACUUAUUAAGAUUAAGGCACUCAUCCUGUGCAAGUGCAAUUAAACGUGACAUCUGAACUUUCUCCUUCACACUUUUUUAUCUUAUUGAUUGAUCUGAGAAAUAAUCCUUAUCCUUAUCUCACAUAUCACACAAUUCAUCCACUCUCUCAUUUCCUUUCUGCACAUCAGACGCUGGUUUUUGGACUUGGUCGUCGAGGUCACUGAUGCCAGAAUCCUGAAGUUCCUGGAAAGUAGGUUUGAGGCUGCAGAUGUGACAGCAGCUGAGGCGGUGGAAACCCUUGUGCUGUCAAUUAACCAUCUCCGGCCGAUUCCUGAGCUGGUGGAGAUGGCUAAAGUAAGACAAUGACAAAUAAUUUGAUGAAUAGUUUGAUUAUUAAAGGGAGAAUCCGUGCAAACUUUCUCUGGCAGCUUCCAUCUAGUUCAUGUUGAAUCAACUCAAUUUUAUUUCUUUUUACAGAUGUUCCUGGCAAUGCCCUUCAGUAAAUCUAGCAUCUAUGUGUGGCACACUGUGGUGCUUACCUAUGGCUCUCUGGUGUACAAGCACUGCAACUAUUACACACCUUGUCCAGUGUCUGCUGUUCAGGUAAGCAAACAAGGAAUAUCGUAUCGUAUCGGAAUACAUAACUUUGACCUACCAAAAUAAAACAAGAAGCAGUGCUUUAACUUUACUGAGGUUAGUUGUGAAAAAAUAAAAAUAUAAUUACUGUACAAAAAAUCCUUCUGUGUGUGUAUUUCAUAUCUAUUUUAGCCUCUGCUGGACCUGGCCACAGAAAGUUUGAGAACUGGAAACGAGGCAAACAUGGUCCUUGCUCUGAAAGCUCUGGGCAAUGCAGGCCACCCAGGCAGCAUUAAAACCAUCAUGCGUUUCCUCCCCGGAGUUGCUGCCACCCCCGUGGAUCUGCCACCUCCUGUGCUGAGCGCUGCCGUACAGUCUAUGAGACUCCUGGCUGCCAGAGACCCCCACAGUGUAAGAAAAUGACAAUAUCUGACGUGCAUGCAGGAUUAUAGGAGGACUUGUUACAGCUUUAUCCUUUAUUUUAGAUGAAUGACUAGAGGCACAUAAGAACGUUCAUUUGAAAACUGCAAGUCUGAUUUGUGUUAUUGUGUGUUAUCUGUACACUGUAGAGGGACACUAUGUUUUCACUGUUUACAUUCAGACACUUGCUGUGAUCUGUUUUCUCAAAGUUCAUCAUCAGUUCAGAAAAUCAAAAUCAAAGAGACCAUGGUAGAUCAAAACAGAUGUUUCCUCAGCUCUGUGUUUUAAUGUGUAAUGACUCUGUAUCCAUAAUGUGUUUUCAGGUCCAAGACAUCACCAUGACUCUGUUCCUGCAAAAGGACCUUCCUUCUGAGAUCCGCAUGCUGGCCUUUGUAAUCCUGUUUGACACUAAGCCAUCGAUGGCUCUGGUGUCCACAGUGACUGCACAUCUGCAGGAAGAGAAAGACCUGCAUUUUGUUAGCUUUGCAUACUCCUACUUGAGGAGCUUUGCCAGAUCAACAACUCCUGACAACCUCUUCCUGUGAGUGAUGAUUCACUUAUGAUACUCACAUUCAUUUGUGUUAUCUCCUUCAAGCUUUAACUUUCUAUUUUUUUCUGUUCUAUACAUCAGCUCAACUGCCUGCAAUGUUGCCGUGAAAAUCCUGACCCCUAAAUUUGGUCGUCUCAGUUACUUCUACAGCAAGGCAUUGCGCAUAGACUGGUUUAAUGGUAUGCAAUAUUAAGCAGACUUGGAUUCUUUGAUUUCUCUACAUCCCUAAUGAUACCUAUGUUUUUUGUUUGUUUGUUUGUUUUGAAUGAAGAUGAUUUCCUCAUCGGGACAGCCACUGAAAUCCUCAUGCUAAAGAGUGCCACAAACUCCUUUCCCUCUGAAUUCAUGAUGAAAGGAAAAUUCUUCUUCAUUGGACGAAUUUUGCAGCUUCUGGAGGUAUAGUUAUAAAAAUACAGUGAUAUGUCAACAUUUAAAAUCUUACCAUCAUUCCUAUAUGAAUUAUAAUUUUCCUCUCUUUGUAUGCUGAAGGUGGGUUUCCGUGCUGAAGGAAUUAAAGAGCUCUUCAACUCCGGGAUCCCUGGUUUCACCGGAGAUCUUAGCUCCACUGAUUUCCAGUCUAUUUUCAAUGUGGUGAGUAUAUAACUUAGACAAAGCUGUACUGCUAUGUGAGCUUGUUCGUUGUUUUACCUUUGUGUUGUGCCAUUUCCAGCUUAAGAACUGGGAAAGCAUGCCCGAAGAUAAGCCCAUUCUUUCUGCCUACACUCGUGCCUCUGGACAAGAGUGGUUCUAUGCAGAUAUCAAGAAAGAGUUCAUCCGGGACAUUAUCGGGGUGAGAGAGAAGCAUCCGUUUAUGUCUUAGCCAGUUCAGCCUGCAAAAUGAGGACCAUAUCUUCAUGCAGCGCACAAAGCCUGUUAUACGAUGCUCUCCUUUUAUCCUCCUCGCAGGCUUUCAGCCCUUCUGCAGGGAAGGAAAGCCCCCUGUGGGGAAUGAUUGAGAAUCUUCAAAAAGGAGUGUCAUGGCAUCGGACAAAACCCUUCUUAAUCUUUGAGGUCCGAUACUUCCAAGCGACUACCCUGGGUCUCCCACUGGAGAUCAGCAAGUAUUAUGAAAGCGUCAACGGGAUUACUGUCAAUGGUGAGAGGUGAAAACCUAUAACCAGCCUGUAACCGCCUUGCAAGCCAAGAUUCAUUGAUGACUAAUACAGCAUAUUAGUUUGAUGUAAAGUUUUGCUCAAAUCUGCUUUUUUUUAACAUAAAGCCAAGACUGCACUAAACCCACCACCAACUGAUCAUCUUGGACAGCUGUUGAAUUCUGAAAUUUCUCUGGAGACUGAUGGAUUUGUGGGGUAAAGUUUUUAAAGUUCACUCAUUUUAAAGAGAUAUACGGGCAUACCAACAAGAUGGUACGCUAGAAUUGCAAGAAAUUCAGUCACCUUAACUGAUUGUUUUUUACUUAAUUCUUGUCAGCCUUACAAAUGGGCCUUUUUAUUACCUUCGCCAAGGAGGUUAUGUUUUCGGUAGCGUUGGUUUGUUUGUUUGUUUGUUUGUUUGUUUGUUUGUUUGUCUGUUAGCAACUUUACGGAGAAAGAAACAAACGGAUUGACCUGAAAUUUUCACCAGAGGUGCGUCUCAGCCCCAGGAGGAUCCCAUUUAAUUUUGGUGGUGAUCUGGAUAAAAUUUUGGAUACUGUGAUCCAGAACACACAAAAAUAAGGGUGUCGUUGGAAUUUUAUAUGCUGAACGAUAACCAAUGGGCGGCACGGUGGUGUAGUGGUUAGUGGUUAUGGAGUGACAGUCAUGAGGCAAACCUUUCUUUUCAGCUGGACAAAGGACUUUUGGGUUUACUAUGGCAUCAACACUGAGCUCUUCCAGUGUGGUACUGAGUUUAAAAGCAAAAUUCCUCUGGCCAUCCCGUGGAAGUUUGCUGCCAAGAUCAACAUGAGGGAAAAGAAGUUCGAACUGGACUUCCCUGUGAGCAAGAAAGAGUUUGCUCUCAUUUCAGUCAAGUAAGUUUGAGAGAGAGUUGGUGAGAAACAAAAUCACACUGAAAAUUUCAUCAUGAUCAAAACACCCAUUUUGCUCAUUUUUUAUUUUUCCAUCCAAACAACAGAUCUGAUGUGUUUGCAGUCUCCAGAAACAUUGAGGAUCUAGCUAUGGCUAAGAUGACACCAAUAAUGCCCAUUGUUAUGGACUCCAACAGUGAAGUUGUCAGAGUAAACCCUGCGAUUGAGACGCCUGAUUCAGAGCAGGUACCGUUUGUUAUCCCAUCCUGAGGAGAGCACCAUUUGGCUGCUUUAUAUUUCCAGUUUAUAUAUCCCUCAAGUGUCUUUUUUAACAGUUUGUGACACCAAACAUCUGGCACCCGAGAUCCAAAAUGUGCGCCGAGAGCAACAUUUAUGGGACCGGCAUCUGUGUGGAAUCUGAGUUGAAGAGAGAGUAUUAUCAUGAGGAAUACCCACUGUACUAUUUCCUUGGAUACACCCACAUGGCUGUAAAAGUAACCCCAGGUAUCCACAUCAAAAUCUACUCACUGCACCACGCCAUUUAAGACACAAGCGACCAACUUACAUGUGGACUCAAGAGUGUAACCGCAUUUUGACAUCUUGCUUUCACAACUCGAAUCAUGUCGCUAAAUUCCCAUAAGAUGCACCCGCUCUGUGGCAUGCAUUAUUUUUUUAACCCUGUUCUCUAACAAUGAAGCUUGACUUUCUGCUGACAUUCAGAAAAACAGACAUUUACAGAGGGAAAAACAACUUAUUAUUGGAGACAAGUCCUCUAAUACUGCUUCAGGAGAAGAUAGCUGCCUGUGCACCAUGGAUACCUCUGUUGAUAAAUCCAUUUUCAAGCAAUUUUGAUUGUACAAUUCUAAUCUUGUGUAUUAUAUUAUCAACUCAUAAUAUUGAGCUGUUGGCUUUGAAAGCUAAGCCCUUAAAUAGAUUGAGCUGAAUUUAGUUGUGGCCUGAACCUGAUUUGCAUCAAAAUAGAAAAUCUUUAGUGCUCUUUCAGACCUCAUCACAUUGAUGCUUUAUUUGUUUCAUGUACUGACUGAACACUGACAAACUGCAUUAUUCCCCUCUUUAAUGCUUAAUAUUUACAAAGCUGUGUGUAGUCAUAAGCAUGCUGUGCAGAGCUUUAGCCCUUUGGCUAGCUCUAACAGGCCUAACAACCUACUUCUACAUUCAGCUGAUUCUGAAUAGCUGCAGCAUGGUAACAGUCAGCUAAGAACUGCAGAGAGUAUCUAUUUUCACAAACUUUAAAGCUCCUAUGAGGAACUUUUGGCCUGUGUUCAUUUUGGCACCCCCUCUUUUGUCCUGUACAUUUAUAGUUUCUGUUUCUUUUGAAAAAUCAUCCUGCUCUCCUUUGACAGUGAAAUGUAUUAAUCAUUAACUGAUUCCAAACCCCACUUUCAGUGGUUUUAGACAACUAAAAAUCCAAAUUGAGAAACUGUUCAUCUUCUUUUAGGUUGUAACAGAACUUUCAAUUUCAGUUUGUGUCAUAGCUAGUCAAAAAAUUCCUCACAGGAGAUUUGGGUAACACUAUUUGACGCCUAUCUCUAUAGCGCAUUAUAAAUAUAUGUAUAAUCACAUUAAAGCACUGUAUGACUAUGGUUAUAAACACUAAUAAAUGAUCACAAUGCUUUACAGCAAUAAUCAUAACACAUUAUAAAGAAUUUUAUCAUGACUUACAAGGUCAGGUUUUAUAAUGUAGAUAUUAUAACUCACUGACAAUGCCCGCAUAGAUAAUGCAUAUUCAUGAGUGUUUAUAACUAUAGUUAUACAGUGCUAUAACGUGAUUAUAACACAUUAUACAUAUAUUUAUAAUGCGUUAUAGAGAUAGGCGUCAAAUAAAGUGUUACUGAGAUUUGCAAUAAGGUUGGUAAAAAGGUUACUAGCUAAAAUUCCUGGGUGGAUUUUCCUGAAACAUUUACUUACCAUGUCAAUUUCUGAUGAUCUCAUCAUUCUCCCUCACUAACAGUAACCCUAGCCCAACCAAUUGUCCAUCCCACUCCUGUCCUGUAUUCAGUUUACAUAAUAAGUAGAAUCCAGCCUGAUCAUCAAACAAUAUGUUAUUUCCUAAAAGAAAUAGUCCUAGUUUACAUCAAAUACUAAUUGAGAUGCUGUCACUUAGAUGUGAGAAAGUUUCAUUUCGGUGUGUAAAUUAUAAACAAAUAAUAAUUUGUCCAAGUGUUGUAAAUAUUUUGGAAAAAGGCUUAACUUCACAAUCAGCUGAAAGCACUUAAAGUUCAUUUCUUUUUAAAAUUUUAGUCCUAACUUUUUGCUAAUGUUUCCCAUUCCAAGUCCAGGCAACCAAAGCUGUUGAAAAAAUCCACUUCGAGGUCAACGCUGGUCCGAGCAGACAUCCAAUGAGUGUUCGCCAAUUGCUUGAGACUCUGAGGAGGCUUUCCAAGGUAUCUGGCUACCCUUGCAACGUUAUUAUCUCUGUACCUGCUCUGCUGUUUUAUCCCCUCACAUGGUCUUGUUGCUUCAUUGUGUUUACAGGAAGCCACACAGAGAGUGAGUCUGUCCUCCGAUUCAGCCUCAAGUGCCAGAGGAUCGCGUAGCAGCGAGCAGGACAGCGUACUGCAAGUAUGCCAAACAUACUCAGCUGAGACUGGGAGAAAAAUCUGUUUUUACAAGACAGUGUCAGUUUUGCAAAAGAUGAUUGCUCCCUCUGCCAAAAUAUACUUCUGCACAUGACAUCAGCUGAUUAAUCUGCAGAUCAUCAGACCCUAAUACAGUAGUCUGGACUGUCAUCCAAUAGGUCCUGGACUCAGUGCCUGAAGCCGUGUUCAAUAUCAAAGCCUUUGCCAUGAGUGGCAACCAGAAGCCCGAUGGCUACGAUGCAUCCAUCUACUACACACCAGAGGCAAACACUAAGAACGCCCAGUUGAUCAUGUCCCAGGUUGGAGAGGACACCAACUGGAAGAUGUGCGUGGACACCAUUGUGCAUGCCCAUGCUGAAGCAAAGGUACACACGCAUGGAAAGGGCAGCUUGGAUGUCUAUUUGAAUAAUAAUCUGCACAUUUAAAAUUCAUACUUUUAUAGAAAAGGUGUAUAAGCCAAUGUCCCUAUCAAGUCAAGGCAAUCCCUGGAGUUUGAACCCCAUUCAUUAUACAUAGCAGCCGACCCCAUCCAUAGAAUACCAUCACAAAAAUGAGAACAGCCACUAACAAAGGCUUGUAGAUUUAAUGUGACUGUUUAAGUUGCUUUAACUCAUACAUCAAUAAACAAUUAGUCCUUUAAUGCCUGAAACUGCAAAUUAUGGCCAGAAAAUUCUUUUUUUUUUUUGAGCUAAAAUGUUUAUUUCACUUCAUAUUGAAAACCAAAAAAAUCUAAAUGUUCUUAAAAUUUAACAAAUAUAUUUAUUUAUCUUGUUUGAUACAUGAGAGGUUUUUGGAAACUAAUAAACCACAAGAGGACAUUUUUAUCAUUUAUCGGACUGUAUUAAGGUGUGUUUUUUUUUGUAAUUUGUUGAUCAUAUUGAUUUGAUAGAACUAUCAUAAAAGUAUGUAUCAAAUUUAAAAAAAUGGAAGGAAAAUAGGAGUGUGCAUUUAACUCUUCCAGUAUUUUGGUGGUCGGUAAAGAAAUAUCUAGCUCCAAGAUAUGUUUAAAUACCAUUUCUUGUGGUUUUACAUUUGAAAAUCACAUUUUCUUCGACACAAACGUUGGACUGUCUGUGUGCAUAUGUUCAUACUUUUCAUACAAUAAUUUUAUACAAAUGUAUAAUCAAUCAGGAUUACUAUUUCUGUUUGGUUUAGGCACAUAUUCGAUGGGGCGCUGAAUGCCAGUCCUAUGAAAUGUCAAUGAGAGGUGCUACCACUCACCUCCCUGGAUCCAAGCCAACGCUCAAGGCCAAAGUGGACUGGACCAGGAUCCCUGAAACCAUGGCAGAGAUUGGCAGAAGGUGAGCGUCAGUGCAAUGAAAUGUAAGAAGGAUUAAAUAUGAGACGGAGCUGAAUGAGAGGGUAAAAAAAUGACUUCCUUUCACAUUGAAGCUGCUUACUUUGCCUCAGGAAGCAUGGUGGGGAAAUUUUCCGGUGUUUACAAAUAUGACACAUUCUGGCAUGUAUUACUUAAAGAGCUUUUUACUCCUGUCAGCAUCGGAAGCUACAUCCCAGGCAUGGCUUUCCUUCUUGGCUUCUCCGAGCAACAUGAGAGGAACGUUAGGCAGGAGGUUUCUGCAUCAGUUGUUGUCGCUUCAGCUGACAGCGUGGAUGUGAAGAUUAAAUUCCCAGAGGUAUGUGUGGACACUUUCUUGUCCUACAUUUCAUCCAAAAGCCCUUAUUCCCGCUUGAAUAUAGCCACACUCAGCUACUUUGUUUACACGGUGAUGUUUCUCCUCUCUUGUCAUUAGUAUACAGUCUACCGCCAGGCUGUGCCGUUUCCUCUGCCACCUUACAGCUUUCAGGAGCUGCAACAAGACAUCAGAAACACAACAACAGGAAGCUUUGGACUGGCAUAAACAUGUGAGCUCCAAAAAAACAGUUUGCUUAAGCUUAAUUGAGUGUUUCAACUGAUUUUCAGCGGCUUUAUAAAAUAUUGUGUGAUUUUGCUUUUGUGUGGCAUUGGAUUGUUUUGAAAGAGCUCUUUUCUGCAAAGCAGUUAGCGGAAAAAAAAAUUAAAAAAAAAUAAGCAAAGAGCUGUGCCAUUUCCCGCUUGUUUUCUAAAAUAUGUUUCGUGCCGCAGAAAGACAACAAAGCCCAGAUGGGAGCCAGAUGCCUCAUUUCACAGUGAUAGCACAGCCACCAAAACCUCAGCACUGUGAUGAAAGUGAGGAUCAUAAAAGAUGCAUCAGUAAUCCGUCAGAUGUCACCAGUUUGGAAAUAACCAGAAAAGGUCCUGAUUUAUUCAUCUCAAAGCAUGUUAAUAUUUGAACACCCUCUUUUGAAGAAACAUUCUGUAAAAUCACGCUUCUGUUCCAAAAUAUUGUCUCUUCUUAA